AGAAGGAGGCCAGGAGUUGUGAGUUUCCAAGCCCCAGCUCACUCUGACCACUUCUCUGCCUGCCCAGCAUCAUGAAGGGCCUUGCAGCUGCCCUCCUUGUCCUCCUCUGCACCAUGGCCCUCUGCUCCUGUGCACAAGUUGGUACCAACAAAGAGUUCUGCUGCCUCGUCUAUACCUCCUGGCAGAUUCCACAGAAGUUCAUAGUCGACUAUUCUGAAACCAGCCCCCAGUGCCCCCAGCCAGGUGUCAUCCUCCUAACCAAGAGAGGCCGGCAGAUCUGUGCUGACCCCAAUAAGAAGUGGGUCCAGAAAUACAUCAGCGACCUGGAGCUGAAUGCCUGAGGGGCCUGGAAGCUGCGAAGACCCAGUGACCUCGGUGGGCCCAGGAGGGAGCAGGAGCCUGAGCCAGGGCAAUGACCCUGCCACCCUGGAGGCCACCUCUUCUAAGAGUCCCAUCUGCUAUGCCCAGCCACAUUAACUAACUUUAAUCUUAGUUUAUGCAUCAUAUUUCAUUUUGAAAUUGAUUUCUAUUGUUGAACUGCAUUACAAAAUUAGUAUUUUCUCUGACACCUCAUGACGUUGUCUUUCUCACCCUUUCCCCUUUUCCCUUCAACUCUUCGCACAUUCAAUGCAUGGAUCAAUCAGUGUGAUUAGCUUUCUCAGCAGACAUUGUGCCAUAUGUAUCAAAUGACAAAUCUUUAUUGAAUGGUUUUGCUCAGCACCACCUUUUAAUAUAUUGGCAGUACUUAUAUAAAAGGUAAACCAGCAUUCUCAUUGUGACGACUCUGUUGAUUUUGUUUCACUAAUCGGAAUCACAGAUUGAAAGGAAUUCUGGGGGAGGAGGAGGGAAAUAUGAAAAGAGGCAGAAACAGCAAGAUAGGGACCGAGUACUUCUACUGUCAUACCAGACGUUUCUGUGGAGAUACUUUCCUGAAAAGUUGAAACAGACACCAUUAUUUUAUAAACCAUAUUGUAACUGAAAUGUGAUAGAAAAAUUUUCCACUUAAAUGAGUAUCAAGAUGACACUGCAAUGCAUAUUUAUGCGAACGAGCUCAUUUUCAUAAACGAAGCUUUCCUCAGAAUGAUGGCUAACAUCUGUUGAGGCCUUACCCAGUGCCGGGUUUUGGGCUAAGUACUUAUAUUAGUAAAAGUCUAGCAAAUACUGCCCACAGUCUAGCAAGGACUCCUUACCUGGAAGUUGCUGAAAGCCUUGGUCAUGUUAUCUUCGUUCUCCACUCUGCUUUUGGGGAGGAUGUUUUCCAUGACUAUCUGAGAUGAGGCUUGGGGCUGGGUGGCCAGAGUUAGCAAAUAAAAAUAAAGAAUGGAUACUA